CCAGACAUCACCCAUCCACUGUCGUCACUGCACCCCGUUCAGUGUUUCCCGGGCCAGCAGAAGCAGAGGGAGACACUCGCCGCCGCCAGGCCGCCUCGACUGGUGCCGCUCAACGCCCCGUCUGAUGCUCCUCCGCCCCCGCCUCGUCCGCGCUCCCCUCUGCCACGCCUCUGCCCGCGCGGCCUUCUCCGCUAGGCCCCUCGUUCCCCGCGGCAACGACGUCGCCGCUUCAGAUGCAAUCGUUCGCCUCGUCGCCGCAGGCGGCGGCAGCCUGGAGGCCGACCUCGAUCGCCUCUUCCCCGCCCUCUCCCACGGCCUCGUCACCAGCACUCUCCGCGCGCUCACGGACCGUGGCGUGCCCGCGGAGCGCUUCUUCUCGUGGGCGUCCCUCCGCAGGGGCUUCUCCCCCAGCGCCCACGCACACAACCUGCUUGUCGACAAUGCCGGGAAGCUGGCCGACUACCGGGCGAUGUCGCGCGCCCUCGCGCUCAUGUCGCAGCGGAGGCUUUCGCUGACCGAUCGGGCGUUUGCUUUCUUGGCGCCGUCGGGGUCUUCACGGAGCAGCAGCGCCGAGGAUGCAGCGGGAGCGGUACUGCGGGUUUUGGACGAUGUCGGCGGGCCCUGCCGCGCGUCUGGCGUGUUCUCGCUUGUGAAGGCUCUGGCUUCCACCGGCGAGUUCGACGCUGCGGUGUCCGUGAUUGAGGAGACGCAGAGGAUGGCGCGCUACUACAACAUCCUCGUCGCGGCUAAGUGUAAGGCCGGCGACUUUGUUGGUGCCCGCGAGGUGUUCGACGAAAUGAGAACGUCGGGGUGCGACCCGGACGCCAACACCUGGAACUACCUCCUCGGCUGCCUGCUCAAGAACGGGAGGACCGCAGAAGCGUGCGGCCUCGUGGAGAUCAUGGAGAGGUCUAAACUUGGUGAAGUCCCAAACUCGCUCACAUACGAGAUUCUCACGUACCACGCCUGCAAAGCAGGAAAGAUGGAUUCAGCAAUGCGGAUUCUUGAUCAGAUGUUCUUGGCAAAUCUGACACCCAGGAUCACCAUACACUCUGCAUUCAUCAAGGGCUAUUUCUACAGUGCAAGAAUAGAAGAUGCCCACAGAUAUGUCAAUAACAUGAGCACCAGGGACAGUCAUUCUACGAAUCGGAACUACAGUCUGCUUGCAAAGCUGCUUCGGAAGUCAGGGAGGACCGUUGAUGCAGGCAGAGUUCUAUAUGAGCUAAUGGAGAAGGGCCUCAGGCCUGACCAUUCUGCAUAUGUUAAAGUGGCCAAAGAUCUGCACAAGAUGGGCAGGGGCGAUCUGGCUUCUGAAUUGAAGUCGAUGUUCGAAAGGUUCAGUUUGCAGGCAGAUAUUGGGUGAUGAUGUGUUAACAUCGGCUAUUAAGUUGAGUGAAACUUGCCUGUACAUAGAAGAUUGAUAUCCUGGACACCUGCCACCAGGAUAUAUGCACCUCAAAUGAACCAUGAACACAUGCUCAAUAUAUUUGAGUGAUCUCCUACCCUAAUUUUCAAAAAAAAAAGUGAUCAAUUUAUUAUUUUUAUUUUAGGUUCAUGGAGCAAAAUAACUUAUAUGACUCAGAUAGUGAUCAUACAAACAAGAAACAUGUGAGCAUGGGCCACUACAUCUGUUUCAGUUUUCAGACUUUCAGUGCGCUCGCGCUAGGGAUGAUGGAACAAUCAAAAGAGAUGUUUGAUCUACGGACAACUGAUGGUGUUGCACAGUUGCCGCAGAUAUUACACUUUGAGUAAAACCCAUAUUUGCAAUAUAUGCAUGUUCUUUGCAUUGCAUCGAAUUCAAA